AUGAGUUCUGACAAGCAAUAUAUCAGUUACAACAAUGUUCACCAGCUCUGCCAAGAAACAGCUGAAAAGAUCAAAAAGUUUCAGCCAGAUUUGAUCAUUGCCAUUGGUGGCGGUGGUUUUAUUCCUGCUAGAAUCUUGCGUACGUUUCUGAAAGAACCUGGCGUGCCCACUGUGAGAAUCUUCGCCAUUAUUCUGUCGCUUUACGAAGAUUUGAAAUCGGUUAGCUCUGCAGAAGAGAAGCCAGGUGUCAGCGUUUCCAGAACCCAGUGGAUUGAUUACGAGCAAUGUAAACUCGAUCUUGUGGGCAAGAACGUGCUGAUCGUGGAUGAAGUGGACGACACGCGUACGACGCUGCACUAUGCGCUAAGCGAAUUGGAGAAAGAUGCGGCCGAGCAGGCUAAGGCUAAAGGAAUCGAUUUAGACAAGAACCCGGAGUCAAAGACCAAGUUCGGUAUCUUUGUCCUGCAUGACAAAUUGAAACCUAAGAAGGCUGACCUACCCGCAGAAAUGAUUAACGAUCCUCAUCGUUACAUCGCCGCCAGACAAGUGCCCGACACCUGGUAUGCUUAUCCUUGGGAGUCCACGGACAUAGUGUUCCACACCAAGAUGGCGAUGGAGCAAGGCAACGAUGUUUUUUUACCAUCGACUGAAUAG